CUUCCGGCAUCUUGCGCAGUUCCGCCAUGGCCUCCUUGGUAGCCAGUCGUGCUCCUCCUGGGUCUCUCCCGGAGCCGGAGGUGCGCAAUCUGCGACAGGACAAGUAUUCGGUGCUUUUACCCACCUACAACGAGCGCGAGAACCUACCGCUCAUCGUGUGGCUGCUGGUGAAAAGCUUCUCCGAGAGUGGAAUCAGCUAUGAAAUUAUAAUCAUAGAUGAUGGAAGCCCAGAUGGAACAAGAGAUGUUGCUGAACAAUUAGAGAAGAUCUACGGGUCAGACAAAAUUCUUCUAAGACCACGAGAGAAAAAGUUGGGGCUAGGAACUGCAUAUAUUCAUGGAAUGAAACAUGCCACAGGAAACUACAUAAUUAUUAUGGAUGCUGAUCUCUCACACCACCCAAAAUUUAUUCCUGAAUUUAUUAGGAAGCAAAAGGAGGGUAAUUUUGAUAUUGUCUCUGGAACUCGCUACAAAGGAAAUGGAGGUGUAUAUGGCUGGGAUUUGAAAAGAAAAAUAAUCAGCCGUGGGGCCAAUUUUAUAACUCAGAUUUUGCUGAGACCAGGAGCAUCUGAUUUAACAGGAAGUUUCAGAUUGUACCGAAAAGAAGUUCUACAGAAAUUAAUAGAAAAAUGUGUUUCUAAAGGCUAUGUCUUCCAGAUGGAGAUGAUUGUUCGGGCAAGACAGUUGAAUUAUACUAUUGGUGAGGUUCCAAUAUCAUUUGUGGAUCGAGUUUAUGGUGAAUCCAAGUUGGGAGGAAAUGAAAUAGUCUCUUUCUUGAAAGGAUUAUUGACUCUUUUUGCUACUACAUAAAAGAAAAUUAUUUAUAUUUAUGUUCAUUUCAAUUUAAACGUAAAGCCUAGUUACUGAUUUUUAUAAAAUGUACUCGUAGAGCAUAAAUCAUAAGGUAA